CCAAAGUGUCUCCUUAUCCUUCCUCUCGUUACUACACCUCCCGACUGCAAGAUUCUCUACUCAUCGUGCUUGUUUUUAUUCUUAUUCUUUUAUUCUCCCUCUAUUUUGAUUCCUAUCUCGGUAUUCCCCUCCAUUUCCAAGGCUGCCGUGGCGGGAUCUGCAAUUCAUUGUUAAAUGGCCCUAGGGGACACCUGUGUCCUUUGCUAGCCGUGAAGCACCUGAAGCGGUGCUUCUCAUCCACAACACCCUGAAAAUGCGUGUUUUGAAGGCUGCGGCCUUUUCGCUUCUUCUUCCUGCGUCGAUCGCGCAACUCGUUACUCGCACCCACGAUACCCAUGACUUCUUCGCACUUCACCUCGAUGAUUCAGUGGCCCCCGAAAACGUGGCUCAGGCUCUAGGAUGUCACCACGAGGGCCAGAUCGGAAGCCUACAGGGUCAUCACAAAUUCUCAAUAGAUAGAGAUCAAGCACCCGCAGUGGAAUUGCUCUUGGAAGAAUUGCGAGUUCAGCAGAAACUCAGGCGACGGGGAAGCAGUGACGCUAGCCUUUUGCAAAAAAGAGAAGAUGGUCUCGACGGGGUUCUAUGGUCUCAAAAACUUGUGUUGAAGCACCGCCUGCACAAGAGGGGGCCCGUGGAUCUUUCUAGCCUACCCAAACCCGACGAGCAACUCACGCCACGUCAAGUGGACCAGGAUGCAAUAAUCAGGCAGAAGCGCAUUGCUUCCGAUUUGGAGAUCCGAGAUCCGCACUUUGACAAACAAUGGCACUUGUUCAACCCUGUUCAGGUAGGAAAUGAUUUGAAUGUGACCGGAGUGUGGCUCGAGGGCAUUACGGGCAAGGGAGUCGUCACAGCCAUCGUCGACGAUGGCCUAGAUAUGGACAGCAUUGACUUGAAAGACAAUUUCUUUCUCAAUGGGUCAUGGGAUUUCAAUGACAACGUAAGGGAGCCGAAGCCAAGACUCUCCGAUGACAGACACGGCACUCGAUGUGCAGGCGAAGUCGCUGCAGUUCGGAAUAAUGUCUGUGGUGUCGGUAUGGCUUACGAUAGCAAAGUUUCGGGGAUUCGCAUUCUCUCGAAGGAAAUUAACGAUGCUGACGAAGCAACAGCCAUCAACUAUGGGUUCCAACACAAUGACAUAUAUUCGUGUUCAUGGGGUCCCCGGGAUGAUGGACAAACCAUGGAUGCUCCUGGUCUACUAGUGAAGCGAGCAAUGGUGAAUGGUAUUCUGCAUGGACGUGAUGGUAAAGGAUCGAUCUUUGUCUUUGCUGCCGGAAAUGGUGGUGUAGCCGAUGACAACUGCAAUUUUGACGGCUACACGAACAGCAUCUACAGCGUUACCGUCGGCGCUCUCGAUCAAUUAGGACACCACCCUUCCUACUCCGAGGCUUGCUCGGCACAGCUUGUGGUUGCUUACAGCAGUGGUGGAGGCAACUCUAUCUAUACGACUGACGUCGGCACCGAAACAUGCACCGACAAGCAUGGUGGUACUUCAGCCGCUGGCCCACUCGCCGCUGGUGCUAUAGCACUGGCACUAAGCGUGCGACCUGACCUAACCUGGCGUGACGUUCAGUAUCUCAUGGUUGAAACCGCGGUCCCCAUUCAUGCUGAACAUGAUGAGGUUCAGCUAACCCCGAUUGGCAGAGAAUACAGUCAUCAAUAUGGCUACGGUGUGGUGGAUACUUAUGCCCUCGUACAGAAGGCCAAAGACUGGGAGCUUGUGAAACCACAGUCUUGGUACACUUCGCCCUGGUUGCGUGUUCAAAAAGAUAUUCCAGAAGGAGAUCAAGGCCUGGCCAGCUAUUUCGAUAUAACUGCGGAUAUGCUCAAACAGGCAAACUUUGAGCGUGUGGAACAUGUCACUGUGACUAUGAAUGUUAACCAUACUCUGAGAGGCGAUUUGAGUGUUGAGCUCCGUGGCCCUCAGGGUAUUGUCAGUCAUCUCAGUGUUCCAAGAAAAUAUGACCGCGCGGAAGCUGGUUACGUCGAUUGGACUUUCAUGUCCGUUGCGCAUUGGGGAGAGACCGGAGAAGGCGUGUGGAGCAUAGUUGUGAAAGAUACCAACGUCAAUGAAUAUCAUGGAGUGUUCACCGACUGGCGCCUAACUCUUUGGGGUGUUUCCAUUGACCCGGCAUCACAGUUGCCCCAUCCUCUCCCAGAGGAAAAUGACGAUGACCAUAAUAUUGAAGAUGCCGUCUAUGCUACAGUCAGUAUCAAACCUCAUACCAAGACUCAGCCAACAUCUGUUGCGACCGACCACCCCGAUCGCCCCGUGAACGAAAAGCCCAGUGACACCGUAGCCAAACCAACUACUACAGCAAUGGCCCCUACCCCGGUGGAACAGGAAGAAGAGGAAGAAGCGAAACCAUCGACGGUAACCGACGAGACAUCGCCCAGCCAAACUGCAUCCCAGGGGUUCCUACCGUCUUUCUUGCCUACAUUCGGAGCUCAGCCUCAUACCCAAAUUUGGAUCUAUGCCUCGAUAGCUCUAAUCCUCAUCUUUUGCCUCGCAUUGGGCAUCUACUUUCAGGUACAGCGACGCAAGCGUCUGAGAAACAACCCGCACGACGACUAUGAAUUCGAAAUGAUCGACGACGAAGAUGAUGACGCCGAAGCUCCAUUGACUGGCAGACAGGGAAGAAAACGCCGAGGCGGUGAACUAUACAAUGCUUUCGCUGAAGAGAGCGACGAGGAGCUUCUUAGUGAAGAGGACGACGGGCCGUAUCGCGACGGCACCGGACUUACAGAGAAGAGCCACAAAAACGAGCCCGAAGCAUAGAGCUCUCGGCGCUUUUGCAUUACAGAUCUUUAAACAGUACUGCACGCACGCAUGCAUUUGUAUAUUGCUAGCAUCUUCUGUCGUUGAUAUUAUGGUUUGGGAACAUGCGGCGUUCUGGCGGGGCAAUGGUGUAUUUAUGUAGCUUGAUUUUGUAGCUGAAUAUAAAGGGGUAUAUAUUUUCCGA